AUGGCAACGGACGCCAUUCCUCAGACUGCCGUUCCCGGCACCGCACUCGGCCCAGCCUCUCGCUACCGCUCCGGCGCCGGCACUCACAUUCAUGAAGGCAUCGUCGUCUCCUCCCUGCUCGGCCGAGUAACCGUCGACACACCUGCCUCAGCAAACGGCCCGGCCAAGCGCCUGACGCGCAUUGCCGGCGUUCUCAACUCGCCGGCGGACCGAGCAACGAUCUCGGUGUCGAGGCAUGGUGGCAAGAAGCGCGAGGCACUGCCCGAUGUCAGCAACAUCGUGCUAUGCCGCGUGCUGCGCCUGAUGCCUCGACAGGCGAUAGUGUCGAUUCAGCAGGUUGGCGACACGGUGCUGCAGACGGAGUGGCAAGGGGUCAUUCGGUCGCAAGACGUACGAGCGACAGAGAAGGACAAAAUCAAGAUCCAUGAAGCGUUCAAGCCAGGCGACAUUGUGAAGGCGCAGGUGAUCUCCUUGGGUGACCAGGCGAAUUACUACCUGUCGACGGCGAGCAACGAGCUGGGAGUCAUCAUGGCGACGAGUGAGGCUGGCAACGACAUGGUGCCUGUGAGCUGGAAGGAUGUCCGCCGGAAGGGCACCCGCGAGCCGACUGAUCGACCUGGCAGAUUUCCCUCGGCCUUGCCGGUCGUGUUGGCGAGAGGUAUGCGCCCCCAGUCAGGUCAGUGUCUGAAACACGGCAGCAUGAGCAUGACCGUCGUACCAGUACGACAACUCGCGGCAAGAGGAGCAAAGAGCAGGGGAGCUCCGACAAAGCACGGCCAGAAGUUGGCCUUGUCAUCGGUUAAGCAAGUCCGCCAUGCGAAGGCUUCAGAAAAUUCGGAUACCACCUUGGCAUAUGCAGCUGGCAUGGCGGGGGGGGGAAGGGGGUUAAUUGACUGGACAUAUUGGCCUGGGCCCGUUUGA